CCCGGCAACAGAAGAAACUGCUGGCUUAGCCGUUGGCCGAGUUGGCGGCUGGACGAGGACGCUCAGAGCCCAGCUCUCGAGAGUUCAAGCAACCGACGGUUCCCCACUGCUCCCAGGAGCGGUUACCUGGGCACUCUGUGCCCCUCCUUCCUGUUCGGGCCCAGGCCGAGGACCUGCCAGUAGGGCUCAGUUGCCUGGAGCCCGUUCAGCCCAUCCCCCAGUUCACUUUGCUUGUGGGAUCUCCCCGUUGCUCCUGCCCGUGGACUGAGUGGCAGGCCAUCCUACAAGCACCCGGACACUUGACAUCAGUGGUGUCAAGACAACGCUAAGAAGGUUUUCCGUGAUCCUGCAAGCCCUGCGUUCCUUCCUGGGAUCCUGCCUUCAAUUUGAUUGCACAGAUACUACAGCAAACCAGUGCUGUGUGCUCCGAGUUCCAGGGCGUCCUCCAGCUCAGCCACUGCACUGAGAACAUGGACUCUCUGUGGGGCCCAAGAGCCGGGAGUCACCCCUUUGGGGUCCACAACACCCGGCUGUCCCCAGACUUGUGUCCAGGGAAGAUAGUGUUGAGGGCCCUCAAGGAGAGCGGGGCAGGGAUGCCUGAGCAGGACAAGGACCCUAGAGUCCAAGAGAAUCCUGGUGAUCAGAGAAGGGUCCCCGAGGUCACCGGGGAUGCACGGUCUGCAUUUCAGCCCCUGCGGGACAAUGGAGGCCUCUCUCCCUUUGUGCCCAGGCCCAGGCCUCUGCAGACAGACCUCCAUGCCCAGAGGUCAGAAAUCAGAUAUAAGCAGACAUCCCAGACCUCCUGGACGAGCUCCUGCACCAACCGAAAUGCCAUCUCCAGCUCCUACAGCUCCACGGGAGGCUUGCCGGGGCUAAAGCGGAGGAGGGGGCCAGCCUCAUCCCACUGCCAGCUGACCCUCAGUUCCUCAAAGACAGUGAGUGAGGACAGGCCUCAGGCUGUCUCUUUGGGUCACACCCAGUGUGAAAAGGUGGCAGAUAUAGCACCAGGGCAGACACUCGCCCUCAGGAAUGACUCCUCCAGAUCCGAGGCCUCUAGGCCCAGUACACGCAAGUUUCCCCUGCUGCCACGCAGGCGAGGGGAGCCUUUGAUGCUGCCACCUCCCGUAGAGCUGGGGUACCGGGUCACUGCUGAAGACCUGGACCGGGAGAAGGAGGCGGCCUUCCAGCGCAUCAACAGUGCACUGCAGGUUGAGGACAAGGCCAUCUCGGACUGCAGACCCUCACGGCCUUCCCACACUUUGUCCUCACUUGCAACAGGGGCUUCUGGUCUGCCUGCCGUUUCUAAAGCACCCAGUAUGGAUGCACAGCAGGAGACACACAAGUCCCAAGACUGCCUGGGCCUACUGGCCCCCUUAGCAUCUGCUGCAGAGGUCCCCUCUACAGCUCCCAUGUCUGGGAAGAAGCACAGACCACCAGGCCCCCUGUUCUCCUCCUCAGAUCCCCUUCCUGCCACCUCUUCCCACUCCCAGGACUCAGCCCAGGUCACCUCGCUGAUUCCUGCCCCCUUCCCAGCUGCAAGCAUGGAUGCGGGCAUGAGAAGAACAAGGCCUGGCACUUCUGCUCCUGCAGCUGCCGCAGCAGCCCCUCCCCCCUCCACAUUGAACCGCACAUUGGGGUCACUAUUGGAGUGGAUGGAGGCCCUUCACAUUUCUGGGCCUCAGCCACAGCUGCAGCAGGUGCCCAGAGGUCAGAACCAGAGAUCCCAGACCUCCUGGACCAGCUCGUGCCCCAAACGAAAUGCCAUCUCGAGCUCCUGCAGCUCUACGGGAGGCCUCCCGGGACGAAAGCGGAAGAGGGGCCAGCCUCAUCCCACUGCCAGCUGACCCUCAGUUCCUGAAACACACUGAGUGAGGACGGACCUCAGGCUGUCUCUUCGGGUCACACCCAGUGUGAAAAGACGGCAGAUACAGCACCAGGGCAGACACUCGCCCCCAGGGGUGGCUCCCCCAGAUCCCAGUCCUCUAGGCCCCGUAGACACAAGUUUCCCCUGCUGCCACGCAGGCGAGGGGAGCCUUUGAUGCUGCCACCUCCCUUAGAGCUGGGGUACUGGGUCACUGCUGAAGACCUGGACCGGGAGAAGGAGGCGGCAUUCCAGCGCAUCAACAGUGCACUGCAGGUUGAGGACAAGGCCAUCUCGGACUGCAGACCCUCACGGCCUUCCCACACUUUGUCCUCACUUGCAACAGGGGCUUCUGGUCUGCCUGCCGUUUCUAAAGCACCCAGUAUGGAUGCACAGCAGGAGAGACACAAGUCCUAAGACUGCCUGGGCCUAGUGGAUCCCCCAGCACCUGCUGCACAGGUCUGUAGUCCCAGCUACUCAGGAGGCUGAGGCAGGAGAACGGCAUAAACCCGGGAGGCAGAGCUUGCAGUGAGCUGAGAUCGCGCCACUGCACUCCAGCCUGGGUGACAGAGCGAGACUCCGUCUCAAAAAAAAAAGAAAAAAAAAGUUCUUGUGACAUUUCUGUAUGAAAUCAGCCUUCACUACAUGGAUAGGACCAGCACGCUUCCGUGGCACGACUCUGCAAUCUUACUACAUUUUUUUUUAUUUUGUAUUUUAUUUAUUCCUUUUGAGACAGUCUCACUCUGUCACCCAGGCUGAAGUGCAGCCGAGAUCUCGGCUCACUGCAACCUCCACCUCCUGGGUUCAAGCAAUUCUCCUGUCUCAGCCUCCCAAGUAGCUGAGAUUACAGGCACACGUCAAAAGGCCCAGCUAAUUUUUGUAUUUUUAGUAGAGAUGGAGUUUAGCCAUAUUGGUCAGGCUGGUCUCGAACUCCUGACCUCAGGUGAUUGACCUGUCUUAGCCUCCCGAAAUGCUAGGAUUACAGGUGUAAGUUUAUUUAUUUAUUUAAGAUGGAAUCUUGCUCUGUGUUUAUUAAUUUAUUUAUUUGAGAUGGAGUCUUGCUCCAUCGCCCAGGCUAGAGUGCAGUGGUGCAAUCUCGGCUCACUGCAACCUCUGACUUCCAGUUUCAAGCGAUUCUCCUGCCUCAGUGUCCCAAGUAGCUGGGAUUACAGGUGCCUGCCACCACAGCUGGCUAAUUUUUGUAUUUUUAGUAGAGACAGUGUUUCACCGUCUUGGCCAGGCUGGUCUCAGGCUCCUGACCUCAUGAACCACCUGUCUCAGCCUCCCAAAGUGUUGGGAUUACAGGCCUAAGGCACCAUGUUCGGCCAUAUUUAUUUAUUUAGUUAUUUAGAGACAAAAGUGAGACACCAUCUCAAAAAAAAAAAAAAAAAAGGAAAGAAAAACAUAUGAUGCCGGGGCAUCUUGGCCUCAAUACCUGCGUGAGCACAGUCAUGUCCAGGCCAGGGCUGCUGGUCGAGGUCUGGCCCCAUCUCUUCCAGCAGAAAGGGAGUAAGCUUGCAGGGAGGCUGGGGGACAAGAUCCCAGGAUCUCGGCCUCUGCUCAUGGAUCAGCUCUGAGACCCCGAGUGAGCUGGGGGUGCUCUGUGCGCAUUGGUUUCCCCAGCUGUCAAGUAAAGGGAUUGGAUGAGGAAGUCUUGUCAAGGUGGAAUGAUCUCAGAUUUGGGGCAGCAGUGAAU